AUGGGGAGCUGCUGGGUCCGGAAGCCAAGAGGCAGAGUCCUGAAGGAGCAGCAUGGAGAGGCUGGAGGCAAGGGCGGACCCCCCAACCUGAGGCUGGCGAACAGAUACAGUGAGUGUGACGGAUUGGUGCUGGUCCAACACGAGGGGGAGUGGGGACACGUGUGCAACCAGGAGUGGACACUGGCGGAGGCAUCGGUGGUCUGCAGGCAACUGGGGUGCGGCCAGGCUGUAGGUGCCCCCAAGUACGUCCCGCUGCCAGGAGAGAGGGUGCAGCCUUGGCUCCACAACGUGUCCUGCAGAGGUGACGAGUCUUCCCUCUGGGAGUGCAGCCUCGGGGCGUGGACGAAGACCCAGUGCCCGCACGAGUGGAUGGUGGUCGCGCUGUGCGCCAAUGGCACUUUUCGGGAGAUCCAGCUGGUGAAGGGCCGAAGCCCCUGCUCGGGACUCCCCGAGAUCAGGAACGUGAACGGAAUGGAUCGCCUCUGUGGCCUGCACAAGGAGGAGGCCACGGUGUUCUGCCAGGAGCUGAAGUGCGGGCCCGCGCUCCAGGCUUCCCGCCAAGAUGUGGGUGUUGGCGGGAAGUACAUGACCUGCCAGGGCACCGAGCCCACCAUCCGAAACUGCAGACUCAACAACAACCUCCGCAGCGGCUGCGACUUCCAACAAGACAAAGAGGUGAUCUGUGCAGAACACACUGAGUCCCGGCUGGUGGCUGGUGAGCACCCCUGUGCUGGGCGUCUGGAGGUGAGGCGUGGCCUGACCUGGGGCACUGUCUGUGACGAGGACCUGGACCAGGCCACAGCCCACGUGGUGUGUCAGGAGCUGCAGUGUGGCAUGGCUGUGGCCACACCUCAGGGUGCCCACUUUGGCCGAGGCUCUGGGUUCGUGUGGACGGAGGCCUUCCGCUGUGUGGGCAACGAGUCCCUGCUGUUCCACUGCCCUCGGAAGCCGGGGCACCAGUGUGGGCAUGGCCAGGAUGCUGGGCUCAGGUGCUCAGGUGAGGCCAGAAGGUUCCGGCUGGUCAACGGCAGCAGCAGCUGUGAGGGGCGCAUGGAACUCCUGGUUGAGGGGGCCUGGGCGCCCCUCUGUGCCCACCACUGGGACUUAGCAGAUGCCACUGUCCUCUGCCACCAACUCAACUGUGGCAAUGCAGUGGCCACACCUCGAGGGGGCCAUUUUGGGCACGGGGAUGCUCCCAUCUGGCCAGACAGGUUUCACUGUGUUGGGACAGAGCCCUAUCUGUGGAAUUGCCCAGUGAGCACCCUGGGGGCUCCCGCCUGUGCCCCAGGAAACUCGGCCUCCGUGGUCUGCUCAGGUCUCCAGGAUGCCGUGAGGCUGAGGGACGGACAGAGCCGCUGUGAUGGCCGCGUGGAGGUGUCCCUGAAUGGCGUGUGGGGCCGUGUCCUGGACGACGAGUGGGACCUGCAGGGAGCCAGUGUUGUGUGCAGGCAGCUGGGGUGUGGAGAGGCAGAGCGAGCCUACGAUGCGCCUGAGCCAGAGCGCGGGGCCCGCAGGGUGGGGCUGAGCCGGGUGCGCUGUCUGGGCACCGAGACCCGCCUGACCCACUGCAACGUGUCUGCCUCCCUGCUGGUGGUCGCGGGGGCCUCGCAGGACGCAGGGGUCGUUUGCUCUGGGAGCCGUCAGGUGCGUCUGGCUGCGGGGCCAGGCCGCUGUGCGGGGCGCGUGGAGGUGCUCCAUAGGGGCACGUGGGGCACCGUGUGCGAUGAUGGCUGGGACCUGCGGGACGCACACGUGGUCUGCCGGCAGCUGGACUGUGGCCAAGCCCUCAGUGCCCUGGGGGCCGCGCACUUUGGGGCCGGGGCCGGGCGCAUCUGGAUGGACGAGCUGGGCUGCAAGGGCAAUGAGUCUGCGCUGUGGCAGUGCCCGUCGCAGGGUUGGGGCCAGCAUGACUGUGGGCACAAGGAGGACGCCGGAGUCCUGUGCUCAGAGUCAGUGGCCCUGAGGCUGCACGGUGGCACCCGACACUGUACUGGGUGGCUCGAGGUGUUCUACAAUGGUACGUGGGGAGCCGUGUGCAGUAACUCCCUGAAGGACAUCUCCUUGUCGAUCAUUUGCAAGCAGCUGGGCUGUGGGGAGCAGGCCUGGCUGGAGAACAGGCCCGUCCAUUCUGGCCCGGGCAUCUCCUGGGUGGACAACAUUGAGUGCCGCAGGCUGCAGAGCUCUACGCUGUGGCAGUGCCCCUCAGCCCCAUGGCACCCGCGCUCCUGUGCCCAUGGAGAGGUGGUCUGGAUCACCUGUGCAGAGAAAACGAUGCAGGAUUCUGGGGAGACCCUCAACUGCUCAUCAACCCACAGCUGCCCAGAGGAGGGCGCGGUGCGCUUGCUCGGGGGCGAGGACCACUGCUCUGGCCGCGUGGAGCUCUGGCACGCUGGCUCCUGGGGCACCGUGUGCGACGAUUCCUGGGACCUGGCGGACGCGGAGGUCGUGUGCCGCCAGCUGGGCUGCGGCAGGGCCAUCAGCGCCCUGGCUGGGGCCGCCUUCGGGCAGGGCUCAGGGCCCGUGUGGCUGGACGAGGUGGGGUGCCGGGGCAGCGAGGCGACCCUGGGGAGCUGCCCCGCGGAGCCGUGGGGACAUACAGACUGCGGGCACAAGGAGGACGCGGGUGUGCGCUGCUCCCACCCGCCUCUCACUGUCCCUACAGGCCCUCCUUUGGCCCCACUACCUUCCCUCAAGUCUGGGACCCUGUCCAUGACCUUCUGCCUCAUCCUGGGCACCCUCUUGGGCAUCGUCUCUCUGGUCCUGGGCAUGCAGUGGUGCCGUUCUGCUGUGGCCUUCGCAGGUUCUGGAAUGCUGGGGAGUCUGCCCUCGGAAGGCGUUUAUGAGGACAUCGGAGAUGUCCCCAUGGAGGAGAAGGGCGAGGGGCCCAGUGUGUCCCGGGACCUGGUGCCGGAGGAAGACUACGAUGAUGCCUGGGAGCCGGAGCAUGGCCCCGAGGAGCAGGAGGAGGAGGAGGAGCUGGAGGAAGAGCAGGGGGGCACGGCCCUGAGCUCCGCGGGUGCGCACCUGUGCGCCCUGGUGUCCGCCGUGCUUGUCCUGCUGUACUGCUCCUACGUCCAGGGCUCUGCUCCGGCCAGCACCUACAUUUAA